UAUGAUGCUUGCGCCAAAUGUGUCAAAACAAAUGAUAAGGAAUUAUCAGUUUUCACUCAUUUUCUUCUUAUUAUAAUUAAAAUGAAUGUUGUCCAAGGAACUAAUGAGCAAGAUCAUGUUCCAUUGAAGGAUGAAUCAAGUGAAAAAACUGAUUCAGGAAUGGAUGAAGAUAUGACUGAAAAUUCCCCAGAUCUUGGAAGUGAUGAUGAUGAUGAAGAUGUGAUAACUUCAAGAAAAGUCACUAAAAAAAAGGUUAUUUUAGAUGAUGAUGAAGAUGAAGAAGAGGAACAGAUGGAACAAGAAAAUAAUGAUGGUGGAAAGACCUCUGAAGUGAAUGGUGGUAAAAAGACAGUGUCGGAAGUUCUGGAUGCUAUCCUCAAUAGUGAUACAGAAGAUGAUGGUCCGUUUGUUGGACAGGCUUUUGAUAACAGUAGUAGUGAAGACGAAGAAAAGAAGAAUACGAUCAAAAGGAAGAAAAAGAAAAAUUUGGAAGAUGAUUCUAGCAAUUCAGAUGUCCAGACACAAAGACCCAACCUGUUUGAUAAUGAUUUGUAUGAUGCUGAAGAUAGUGAUGUGGAAAAUUCAGGCUCAGCUUCUGACAGAUCUCCCGUUGUGUCGGACAAUGAGGUGGAAGAUGAAGGAUUUGAUGACGACACUGAUCCCAGACUGAAGGCCAAGCUCUUGAAAAUGAAGGGAGCUGCAAGGAAGCCAAAGGAAAGAAGGGACCGAAAGGCUAAACCAAAGGGAGACGACUUGCUGGGCUUACACAGUGAAACUCAAAGAAUCAUUAGAGAAUCUAGCAUUAGUAUUCCAUAUCACCAUCCUACGCCAAAAUCACUCGAUGACUUCCUAGCUAGAGCGUCCAAGAAACAACAGGAAUACAAAGCUCUCCGGGGGGCUAAGGAGUUCAAAAAACCACAUGUAAUACAGCAUGUUCUUGCCAAUGUCACUCCCGAUGAAUUGCCUCGGUUGAGUAAAUCAAAGGUUAAAGUUAGUUCUAGUUCUCGUAGAACAAAAGGUCCAGAAAAUAUUUUGAAAUUGGAUGACCAAAUUUGCGAUAAGGACAUGACAGCCAAUAUUGAUGUGCUUUCCCACAGUACAAUUAAUCUUGAUACACUUGGUGCAGACGUGCCGUCUCAUCAAAGCACAAGUACGGUUGAUACCGCUAAACGAACAUUACAGUAUGGAAGUGAUGAUGAUGAACUGCCAGAUAUUUCAAUGGAUUCUGAAACUAAUAUUUCCAGGACGUUGGGAGAGGUUUCAAAACCAGAUUCUAGAACGAUUAAUAUAAAUUCUGACAGUAAUGAUGCUUUUACAGGAAUAAGUAAAAAAGGAGAAAGCAUUUCAAAUUCUGUAACAAAUUCUGAUAAUGACAAAGACAUUGGUGCAGGGUCUGCAGAAGAGAGAAGCAAGGUUGAAUCUAGUCGUGUUAGUCAAAGGGACACAACUUCAGACUCGGCUGAUGAAUGUAGUCUUGUGUUGAGACUGGAGACUCAAAAUAGUGAGAAGGAAAACUUGGAAAUUAAUACAUCAAGUGAGAACCAUGAACAGAAUAUGGAGAACAAAGAUGCUAAAAUGAAUAACAAUGCAACAGAUGAGAAGUCUGAAAAGAAUGCUGAUAGUGAGACUAGUACCAUGAAUUCAGAUAAUGAGAACAGUAAAAUGAAUGAAUGUAAUGAUAGAAGAACAAUUAAUUCGGAUAAAGAGGACCUUGAAUACCGUACAAUUACUUCAAAUAAUGAGGACCAUAACAACCAGAGUGUUGCACAUCAAGAAAUGGAUGUUAAGAAAACACCCAUUCUAGAACGUUUUUCGGAACUUACGGACAUCAAACCACGGUUAAGUGGCGAUCCCUCAUCUUUCAUUAACUUGGAUGAAGAUGAGACACAAACUCCAAAGAAUCCGGGAAUAAUUAACCUUAUUGACAGAUUUCUACAACAUUCAAAGAAAAAAACAAACAAGCCGAAAAAAGAUAUUGAUAUUAGUAUUGUUCAAAAGGAACACAGUGAUGGCAGUAAAGAUGAUUUGAAGAUGACUUCAUUCACGUACCAUGUUGACGACCAUGAUGAGGAAGAUGAUGUUAAUCUUGAUACACCAGGUGCAAAACUGCUGAAAUUGAAGGACCAGCUGAAAGUUCAGAUAAAGGUGAAACGAGAAGAGGCUCGACAGAAGCGUGUAGAGUUAUAUGAGCUGGAAAACGAGGAGGGAUUUGCCGGGGAAGAUGAAGAAGAAGCGAUGUUGGACAAUGAGGAUGAACUGUCAGAUAAAACGGACACGGAUGUGGAGGACAACGAGUUUGAGGAGCAGUUUGGAAAUGAGGACGAGGACGAGGAACAAGAUGAAAAUCCUUUUGCUGAUGAGGAAGCAGAGGACGAUGAUAAUAAUGAUGAUGGGGAAGACUCUACAGAUGAUGACUCAGAUGAAAACACAGACUUACCGGACACCAUGAAACUUCGUCUGGACUCUUCAGACGAUGAAGAACAUUCACACGAGAAUGCAGUAAAGAAAAAGAAACUGCGAAAACUUGCAAUUAGUGAUGAUGAAGAGAGUCAGCAGUCAGCACCAGGUGAAAAAGAAGCAAAAAAGACUGAAAGUACUGCAGAUGAUGCCAGACCAUUUUCUAGUGUGACGAGUAAAGAUCAUAAUGAUGAUACUUUAGAUGGUUUAUCUCCCUUAUCAAAGCAUCUGUCUGCAACACAAACACAGAAACCAAGAAAGCGAUCAAGUCUGACGCUACCUAUUGAAGAUUCUCAAGACCUGUAUGAUGAUACACAGACUGAGUCGCUCAGCAUGGCAGGACUUCCCAGCAAGGCUUCCAUGUCCAAUGACAGUCUCAACUUCCUCUUAGACGACUCGCAGUCGCAGAUGCUAGAUGCAGAUGGAUUCCUGAAGGUUAAUACAUCCCUGAGAAAGCCGUCUAAAGAGUCCCUGAGUUUCAUUGACGAGACGUCUCAUGUGUCUAGUACACAGAACAACAUGGAUGAACUACUAGGCUUGUGUUCGGGAAAGUUUGUUGAAACCCAAGAGGAAGGCAAGAAAGUAUCUUGUAAAAAUCUGUUUGGAGGCAGUACUAAAUCCACAACAGGAGACAUGGACGAGCUUCUUGGCCUUUGUUCUGGUUUCUUUCCUGCAAGCUGUCCAGAUGGUAACAAAGACGGGGCAUCAGGGAAUGCAAAAAGAAAAGCCACCGAUGAAGAACAAAGUAAUACAUCGUUCAAUCUCCUGUCAGAUGGAGAAGAUAACCUGGAUAGUGAAAAGGAGUUGUCUGAUGAUGAUGAUCAACGGACAGACGAUAAUUCUGAUGACACGGAAGAACUCCCAGACGUUCAAGUCAGAUCUAAGAAGAAACAUUUUAAAGGAUUUGUUGCAAGUAAAACGAAAAAAAUCAGACAAGCUUUUGUGGAAGAAGAAGCAGAAUUGUCAGGAAGCGAGUAUGACAGCGAUGAAAAUCUAGACAUCCCAGAAGAGGAUGAUAUUAUGGAGAUGGAAGAAGGCGAUCUGGACAACUCAAUCUCCGAGGAGGAGCUCCGCGACCAAGUUGGAAGAGUUCACUUGAAAAGAACAAUAGAUGAAGACAAACGUGACAUAAUGCGACUCCAGGAAAUGUACCUGCCAGAUGGUGAUCUGUAUUCUGAUGGAAAAGGUCGAACAAGGAGAUUCAAGUGGAGUAAUCAGGAUGAAGAGUCCCAAGAAGACAUGUUUGGAAAUGGGUCGGAUGAUGAAGGACCUGAGGAAGAAAACGCAGAUGAAUUAAAAUGGAGAAUGGAAAGAUUUGAAAGAGAAAAGUUCUUGGAAGAACAGAGAGAAAAAGAACAGGAAAAUGAAGAUGGUAGUCAACUUUUAAAGCUGGGGAAAAUGUUUUUAUUACGACAAGUUUCAACUGAGAAAAAAGAAACAGAAUUUAAGAAGCCCCUGCAGCCAAAUAAAAGUCCAGUCAAGGUGUUUAAACCAAGUAUUGCUAGAAAAGGCUCUUUCUUGACCCGCAGUAAAGCUGCACUGGCUCAGAUUUCUGCUCGUUCCAAGGUCACGGUGAAUCCAACAGGACCGACCAAUUCUAAGAACUUCAUCUUUCAAGUUGUGUCACCAGACAAGGUUCAAGAUAAAUCUGAACCUGCAUCAAAAUCUGCUAUUGCUACCAAGAAAAGAAAAUCAGCUAUUCAGAAUCCGCCAUCUAAGAGACCCAGACCUGAUAGCAAAUCCCCGAAACGACAUAAGAGUAUUUUUAAUCUGCUGGAAAGAUGAAGCAUUCCUUGAAGACUGUUACAAAAUAAGGAAUAUAUAUAUAUUCUAUAGGACCGUGGCAUAUACAACCUUAGCUUGUAGUUAUUAAUUUAUUAUUUUUAUUUUCAAGAAUAAAAGUUGAUCCCAUAGAUAUAGUUUUAUAUAUUUGGAUUAAAUAGGAAAAUAAUGCUUCAUUUAGCAGAAACAUUUGUUCUGUUUUUGUGGUGGUAGCAGAUUGCUGGAAGUUGACAAUAAUAAUCAGUAUUUCUAACAGACAUACACAUUGAUUUCAUAAUAGUUCUGACUGCCAGAACGUUGUAAUCUUUGAUGCAUAAGAAUGCAACGAUAUUGAUGAUAUGCAUUUUGACAUGUAUAAAUGUGUUUGUGGUGUAACAAUGUAGAAACAUAAUGGUUUAUCUUAUAAGAAUAUGUCUGAAUAUAUCAUAGAGUAAUCAAUAGCCAUGCACAUAACAAUUUUUCUGAAGUUCAUGAGCAUAACAGGAGGGCUGUUGCGAAGCACCUAAAAGCAAAGAACAAAGUGGGGGAAGCUUGGUUACCAUAUAUUGUUGUGUGUUCGUUGGCCAACUUUGCGGCAAUACAUACUCCUUAUUUUGCCUCUCAUUAUUUGGUACAAAAAAGUUGAUAAGAAAUAAAAGCCGUCUUGAUGUUGUCGGUCUUACAUUCACGGCCAAUUCCGAUUUUGCUGAACCUAUCAAAGUUUUAAUAUUAGUAUUUUAAUUAAUAAAUAUUUCAAGAUAUAUGUAAAACAAUAAAGACGUUUGUAAAGUGAUCCCCUAAUGUGGGAUAAA